AAAAUUUAUCGUGAUAUUUAUUUUGAAAACCGAUUGAUCAAUAAAAAGGUUCGUGAUUGUUGGGAUUUUAAACGUCAGACAAAAAUAAUUUGAAUCGUAAACAAGUGUAAGGUUAAAAAUUAAUUCGAGUUGUUUAAAUUUGAAUUUGACGCCAUGCUUAUUAUUUAGAUAUAGAGCUAGAGCUGAGGAAUAAAAGCUAUAGCUUGAUAUAUUUGUAAAUAUCUAAAAGCGCAUGAGCAAUUAUCAAUAUACUGGUUUAUUCCAAGUUAUUCCAAGCAGAUGAUGCUCCAAAACGGGGUGGCAACUUUGCCUCUCGGCAGAGUUAUCUGAUAAAUUUAUAAUAUAUAUAUAUAUAUUUAUUUUGUGGUUGUUUUGUUGAAGACAAAUGUCUCUUGAGUGGUGAACUGGUGAAAGAAACCUGAGUUAAUAAGACGUCAACUUGGUCCUCGACCACCGAGCCCAGAAGCUAAAGAUUAAACGCAAAUUUGUGUACAUGCAUAUAGAUAUAGAUAUAGACAUAUAUUAAUUAUCGAGAUGUUUCAAAUAUGUGGGGAAGGAGUUAUUUUGUUGAACAACAACUGCACCGCCUCGAGAAUAUGCUCCAUGUCCGACGAGGGUCGAGUUAUGAGCUCAGAACCUCUCAAAGAUGACGAACUGUUCGAGGUGCGGAUUGACAAAAAGAUACGAUCAAGAUACGGAAAGAUUGAAAUAGGCGUGUGUACAAAUGACCCAGAGACAAUGAGGACAGUUGGCUGGACACCUAGUUUGCAGCUCUGGAUGAUGACCAAUGCUGGAAUAGUCCAUACUACUAAUGAUUUGAAGGAACAUCUCAUUUCAGAACCCACUUAUGGAAGUACUCUUGACACUCUAGAAGAAGGACACACUAUUGGAGUAAUGAGAACGUCUAAUAGCGAACUAGUAUUUUUUAUCAAUGGAAUAUCUCAAGGAAUAGCGGCGACAAAUGUGCCCACACGUUUAUACGCUCUGGUUGCUAUGUUCUUUGACUAUGUGCAAGUAACAAUAACAAAUCCAAAGCCAUUGGUACUCACAAAUGAGCCGAAAGACGAGAUGGAGAUAAAUAAUGACUUUUCAAUGGGCGAGGGAACGUCCACAAGUAUGGUUGCUAAUUUAAAUGUUAAUUUGAAUGUCAAUAUGAAUGUAAAUCUACCGAAAAAUCCGAGCCCAGCGGCGAUUCGCGAAGAUCGUCUGAGAUUUCAUGAACGCGUAGGAACUCUAGUGAAGCUUUCUAACAACGCGCGAACCGCUGAAAGACGCAGACCCCUUGAUGAAUUUAAUAAUGGAGUGGUGAUGACCCACAGACCGCUGAGAGACAAUGAGCUGUUUGAAAUACGUAUCGAUAGACUGGUAGACAAGUGGUCGGGGAGCAUUGAAGUCGGGGUGACAACUCACAGUCCAACUGGACUUAAGUUUCCUGCUACGAUGACCAACAUGCGGUCGGGCACCACAAUGAUGUCUGGUUGCGGCAUUUUGACAAACGGCAAAGGCAUCCAGCGAGAGUACGGAGACAUAAACUUGGACGAGCUACGAGAAGGUGACAGAGUCGGGAUGAUCAGAAGGUGUAAUGGCAACUUACAUUACUUGAUAAACGGUCUAGACCAAGGUGUGGCUGCCAAAGUACCCCCUGGUAUCUGGGGAGUCGUCGAGCUCUAUGGGAUGACGGUCAAGGUGACGAUCGUUGAUCGCGACGAACGUGAGGAGCAGAAUCUCGUCACGCGGAGAAAUAAUCUCCAUCUUCAGGGUUUGGCUGAAGUCGAAGAAGAAGACACUCUUGACCGAUUGACCUUUCAUCCCUGCUGCGGCACUCACGCGGACGUCAUCAACAACGGGCGCACCGCGCACCGGCCUAAUGCUAUGGACGACUUCAAUAAUGGCGUAGUGCUUACAAUGAGACCAUUGAGGCUCAAUGAAUUGUUUGAAGUAAGGCUAGAUAAAAUAGUUACCAAGUGGGCGGGUUCUAUUGAGAUCGGCGUGACCACACACUCGCCAACUGAACUGGAAUUUCCUUUUACUAUGACUAAUGUCCGCUCCGGCACGUGGAUUAUGACCGGCAAUGGAGUUAUGCACAACGGCACCUCUAUUAUUGAUCAGUAUGGGCAGAAUCUUGACCGUUUGCAAGUCGGGGAUCGCGUUGGUGUCAUGAGGAAGGACAACGGGACCUUGCAUUUUUUUGUCAACGGCACUGACCAGGGGGCUGCUGCUAUCGGCGUCCCAGAAAGAGUUUACGGGGUUAUUGAUCUGUAUGGUCAAGCUACGCAGGCCACUAUUGUAGACAACACUGACUUCUACAGCCCGACUACAAAUAAUUCCAGUUUUAGCAAUACCACAUUAUACAGUGAUUUACGAUUUCAUCACGUACAUGGUAAGCACGCGAGAAUUUCAAAUAACGGACUGACAGCAUCGAGGAUACGAGCUCUUGGUGAAUUUAAUGAGGCUAUCGUGAUUGCUAAUCGACCUUUACGUGAUGGGGAACUUUUUGAAGUCUCUAUUGACAAAAUGGUCGGCCGCUGGUCGGGUGCAAUUGAAGCUGGAGUGACGGCUAUCAGACCAGAUGAGCUGGAGUUCCCGUCGACGAUGACGGACAUUGAUCACGACACAUGGAUGCUAUCAGGAUCAACAGUGAUGCGAGACGGCGUAACUCUUCGUCAUCAUUAUUCCUGCGAUCUUGAUAAACUCGUCGAAGGAAAUAGGAUCGGCAUGAUGCGAUGUGCAGACUCGAGUCUACAUUAUUAUCUUGAUGGAGUUGACCAAGGUACCGCAUGCAGUGGUCUUCCGCCUCACGUUUAUCCAGUGAUUGAUUUGUAUGCGCAGUGCGCUCAGGUCACUAUUGUACAGCCAGAGCGACGUGAUACGAUAACUCAGCAGUACUUGCCGUCGGAGAACAGUAUCAGUCAGCAACCGACCUCGGUGAUACAGCCCCAAGCUCCAAUGGAGAUCACCCACAAGUUCCACGAGUCUGUCGGGCUCAAUAUUCAGUUGAAUACUGAUCGAGUUAUUGCCGCGCGCUGUCGUGAGUACAAUCACGCGGUUUUAUUGAGUGAAAGUGGCCUUGAGAACAAUGAACUCUUUGAAAUAUCAAUCCAAGAAGUUGCAUCCGAGUGGAGCGGGUCCCUAAAAAUAGGAGUUGUAGAAAACGCAAAUGGCAAUUGGUUAACUUCGAUGGAUCUAGUGCCCGGGAUGACUUCGAUACCAGCAGAUGCUUGGUAUCUGACAGGAAACGAAGUCAGAUAUAAGGGUAAUGUACUCUGUUCCAAUUACUGUCCUAGUUUAGAUUGGCUAAGAGUAGGUGAUAAGAUCGGCGUAAAAAGAAGUCACGAAGGCAAUUUAAAGUUUUAUAUCAACGGCGAAGAUAUGGGAGUCGCUGCCGUUAAUGUACCGGAGAUGGUGUGGGUUGCGGUUGAACUUUUCGGCAGCACUGUCGCUGUCAGUAUCACGAGCAGCAAGCAGCAGAUUCCUGUGAUAUCCCCAAAUGCCAGUUUGAGACUCCAAGAUUCUUUGGAGCUGCUGCUGGAUCCCAUGCCGCUGACGAUGAGAAAUGACGGGGGAAUGGACACGUCAGUUGACGCUUCGGAAGCUAAACUUCAGGAGAUUCUUUUGACUCCCACCCAACCGGUAGUGACGUCCACCGGGGAGACUGACUGGUGUUACGAGUUUCACGAGAAUCGCGGGAGAAAUGUUGAGCUUGAAGGUCAAACGGUUGCUAGAAGAGUCGCUAGUUAUAAUCAAGGCGUCGUGAUGACCAACCGACCGUUAAUUAGAGGCAAAAUAUUUCAAGUGGAAAUUGAGAAGAUAAACGAUCGCUGGGUAUCAGGUAUCCUCUGUGGCGUAACUUGUAUAUCGCCUGAGAAAGCAACCUUCCCUUUGACUGCUUUGGGCUUCAAAAAAUAUUCAUGGAUAAUUUGCAGCGACUGGAUGUCUCACAACGGCACUAAAGUUAAAACCCGUUACGGCGCAAACUUGGACAACCUCCAACCCGGUUCGACAGUGGGUCUGUUAGUCGACGAGGACUCGCGACUCCAUUUAUUUGUCAAUGGAUCUGACCAAGGAGUAGCCGCCACAGAUCUUCCGCCCUACGUCUACGCAGUAAUCGAUCUCUACGGCCAAGUCGAACAGGUCUCAAUAAUAGGUCCUAUUGCCGAAGCUGUUCUUACAAAUAACGACGCGAUAAAUUUGGCAAUAGCCAACAACGUCGAGCGCGUUGCCAAUGAACUUGAGGACGUGGAAAACUCACGCGAGAAAGCUGAUCUAGAGUGUCACGAAAAAGAAAACGUCCUCGAGAUUCCGUCCAGUCUACCUCUGAACCUUCAGAUUGACGACGAUGAGCUAACAAACUUCAACGCCAUUCAGACUACAUCGUCCCGCGUAAAUCCGAUCGAAACGACGUCACCAAACAUCGCGAGCAGCGCGUCGACCGCAGCAACACACAAUAAUAUAACGCAUUUCAAUAACGACCUACCGGGUAAAUCGAUGGCAAGCAGCUGUAACUCAGACAGCAAUAAUUCAACAAGUGAAUUGGAGAUAAGUAACGAUCCCCGCGCUGCUGGUAUCGAGUGUUUUAAAUUUAAAAAUAAUAAUAUCAAUAAUCCGGAUGAUACUUAUGACAAUAAUACAAUGUCUAACAACGAUUUGGAUAAUGAUGAUGAUGAUAAUCAUGAUAUUGAUGAACAAGUAACAAAUGGGAUGAUGAUGAUGACAUGUAGCUUAAGAAAUAAUGAUUGUACAAAUGUAGAGAUAAACAAUGCAACGAAUAUUAAUAUUAAAAACGGUUCAGCAGCAUCCUCGAGCAAUAUGUCAAGUUUGAAUACCGCCAUAAAUUCAAUGAAUGCCAACAAUGCAAUAAAUGAAAGUAUCUUAUCCAAUGGGCAGCUAAAUAACAUCGCUGCUUUCAAUCAAAACUCAAAUAAUCUUAACGUAAAUGUAAAUGUUAAUGUUAAUCAUAAUAAUAUUAAUCAGGACAACUCGCAGUGCAACCUCACGAGCAACAUAACGAGUAGUUUAGCCGCGACCUCAUUCAAUACCUCAAUAAAUUCGACGGAUUUGCAAACGACAAAUCGUCAGCUACAGACUGCUAAGCAAAAUUCCAAUAGUGCCAUACUGCCCAAUCAAAAUGGAUCGAGUCAUAACUCCCAGCAAUCUUUGAGCUCAACGCGUACCUCUUCUUUACCACCGACUCCACUAAACUCGACGAUUAUUAUGACGCCCUCGAAAAAAUGUGAAUAUUUAAAAGCCUGUAUGAGACUUAAAAAAUCGCUUGUUUUGCCAGAUGAAUUUUUUUCUCUUGAUGAAGUUACUUGUUACUGCAACUCCUGCUAUAAAGUCGACAGUGACGGAGCUAUUUGUAAAAAAGGUGACCCGCCAGCUGAGUUCGCUGUUCCUGUUGGGUGGGUCAGGUUCCCUCUUAAGCAGACCAUCAACGCUAAUCAGAUUCCCCAGAGUACUACUGAUAAGUGGCAUGUGGCUUACUAUGGAACACGAUUAGAUUCAAUUAGAUGGAUUCUUGACCGUGGAGAAUUACUACCCAUGGAACAAUUGGACACAAGCAAUUUAACGACAAUUAUCAACACCGAGAAUCAGAAUCCGCAGGUCGUGUUCUCACCAAAUAUUAAAUAUGUCGCUUCUGAAGGGAUUAAAAAAUACCCGUACAUUGACAUGCAGUCAAACAGAAAAUUGAACGCAUCGACUGCAUUUCAAUUACUAGUGAGACCAGGAUCCUACACGAUGGGUGCAGACAAGCAACACGGCGCAGACGGAGCUGAACCUACGGAGUGGGCUACUAAAGAAGCUGGUGCCACAGUAAUAAUAGCUCUUCUUAUUAAUCUCGAUGAAUUCUAAUGACACCGGAAGCUGAUAUAUAAAUUUAACAUAUAUAUUCAUCUUUAAUUAUCGUUGAUAAAGUUAAUCAUCGACACGAUUAAUUGUCACUAUUUUUUCACGGCAAUUAAUGCGCAAUAAAAUAACAUCUGGUUUAUUUAUUUAAAUCAACGAUUUUAAAUUAAAUGUAAAGAUAAAUUUUUUGAAUAAUUUUUUUAUAACAGAGAAAUUUCAGAAAACGAACAACAGAAAUUUUUUUUCUGACUCAAUGAAAAAUCACAAACAGGGAACAUGAAGGAAAAAAAUAUUUUUAUUUCUUAUAAAAAUAAAAAAUCAAAUUUUCUUUAUUUUUUUUUCACUAUUCAAAAAUAUAUGUACAUACAUAUAAAUAUACUUUUGAAAAUGAAUAUAAUAGAUCGGUCGAUUAUUAACUUUGUACGUAUUUUUCUGUGAUACUUUUUAUUACAGCGCGAAUAAAUAAUUUUAUGAUAAAAAAAAAAAGAAAAUAAAAAAAAUACAAACGCAUUUGCCAAGCGUACUGUGGUCCAUUUAUACGAUAAAUUUUUUUUUUAUCAUCUUAUCAUAAAUUAAUAUUUAUUAUUUUUACUUGUUUGCUUUUUUUAUACGAAAUCUUUUUUUAUUUUUAAUUUUAUUAAUCAAAGUUAUGUAAUUUAAAAAAUAGCGCCAAGUGCUUCGUGCAGCCUUUGCAAUGCAACUGAAAAACUGAGUUUAUUUAAACUAUUUUAUUUAUAAAUUAAAAAUUAAAUUAUAUUAAUAUCAUUUCUAGUCAUAUAAUUAAUUAUUUAAUUAAAACAAACAAUAAAUAUCUAGAAUGAACAUAAUUUAAUUUAAUUUUAAUUAAAGUAUAUUUUUAAGAUUGUAAAGAAUAAUUAAAUUAUUUAAAAAUCAAACCUUUAAAUAAUUAAUGGAUUAAUUAAUUAAUUAAUUGAUAAAUAUGUAAAUUGGCCUGUGGAAAAAAACAUUUUUAAAUAAAAUAAAAAUGUGAUUAAGCUGCUACUUACUAUUAGAUAAAAUUAAUUUUAAUUAUAAACAAUAUUGUCUGUAGUUGUAAGUAAAUAUUUAAUUAAUUAAUUAAUAAUUAACCAAGUCACAAUUUAAUUAAGUUACAAUAAAGUAUACAGAUUAUUAUUAAAUAAAAAGCACCGCUGUAGAUGCAAAUAAUUUGGCUGUAUGAUGCCUUAUGCCUGGUUAAGUGCAAUUUAAUUAACGCUAAUUAAAACAUUUAAUAAUAAUAAGUAAAGAUGCCUAGUUGUAAUUUUAAUUAAUUUUAAAUUAAUUACUUCUGUUACGGAGUUUUAAAAAUAUCAUUUAUUUCUGGACGCUAGCGCGUCAAUUAAAACACCAAUUAUAAAUUAAUAAGCACUUAAAAAUAGUGACGACAAUUAAAAAAUAAUAAUUAUUGCUGAUAAAAAUAUUUAUUUAAAUUUAUAAAUUAUAAAAAUUAAUUAUUUAUGUAAAUUUAUUGAUAUGAGUU